AUGCUCAAAACCAUGGGGGAGGAGAAGCUGGAGCCCAACGUGCAGCAUUACAAUGUCAGCAUCAGCACCCUUGGCCGAAGCAGCCACUGGCAACUCUCGCUGCAUUGCUUCCGCCUCAUGGAGCAGAGGAGCAUCCAGAAGGAUACAGUGACCUACAAUGCUUCGAUGUCUGCCUGCUCAAGGGCCGGGCAACACGACCGCGCGUGGCAUCUUUUUACAGAGAUGCCAAAGGCCUCGAUCCUGCAGGACCGGUACAGCUACAGCAGUGCCAUGAAGGCUUGCUCGGAGCUCCAGCAGUUGGACCUGGUUUUCAGUUUGCUUGAGGAUAUGAAGACCCGUAGCAUCCUGAGGGACGAGGUCGUCUACAACACCAGCAUCAGCGCCUGCGAGCACGAGAGAUGGGAGCUCGGACUAGAUCUCUUCGGCGAGAUGGCCCAGAGGCAGCUCAGGAGCAUCUUGGGGGGGUGUUGA